AAUGUUCGUUAUGUUUUAAAGUCUGUGGGAUUCACCAGUAGCUAACAAAUAAAUAAGGGAAAUAUUGUUGCUUAAAGCAGCUUCAAAGAUAUUAUUCAUAACGGUUUAGUUUAUAUAUAGUAGCACUUCCCAAACAGUGGGGUCCAAGAAAAAUAAAUCAACACAACCCAGAGGCCAGUGCUGCCUUCAUCGCUGUGUAAAUAUUGUAAAACGGACAUUCUGAUCAUGGACUUUUAGGACAACUGAUACAUCAUUUCGAAAAUGCCCACUUUAUAAUAGUAAGAUGGUUUGGAUAAAGAGGAGGGGUUAAAAUUAGAUUAUAGAUAUGUUUUUUUAAGGAAAACGACACGAUGUACUAGCUGUACUUGAAUACCUGGGUAGGCUAUGUACAUUCCGUUUUAACAGUGGAGCGUGAACGUUGCAAAGGUCUAAAGAAAUGGGCAGACAAGAGCAUGCGCAGUCGCAGUGUUUGCAUUCCUCCUCCCUCCUCUGAGACUGACAGCCCGUUAGCUGCUCACCGGCAAUGAUACAGCAAACACGGACUCAGUGAGACACAUCGAGAUGGACUUAGCGUGCACUUUUUACCACUACAAAGACGGAUACUAUUUAGACACCCUUGUCUAAUGACAACAUAAGGAGUUCAUUCAUCGCUAGGAUAUUUUUUGCUUCGUAAUAAAAGGAGACUCAACGUCCAGGGGAGGAAUUUGUGCGACGUCUGAUUUCCUGCGACAUACACCGGGCAGCUAAGAAGCUUUCACAUUCACUGUGAAGUAAAGCUAAACUAUUCUGAGCUACACUUAUUUAUGUGUGCUUUUGUGUGACACUAACUACAGCAGAAUAGUCCUGAUAAGUAUUGAGGAGAAACCAAGUUAUGGAAGACCGUGGCUAAUCGCUACUGGCGACCCAACAUAGCUCCAAGCUAACCUGCGGCUAGCUGCAUUUAACAUUCUUUGUUUAUUUAAUUUGCUGUGUUUUUAUCCUACUGAAGUUGGAUUAAUACGUUAUUUAGUAAGUGUAUCGCCGCUUAUAAGCUAGUAUUUCAGUGUAACUACAUCCUUGAACAUCUAGCUCGAUCUUUAAAGGACAUAAAUCAUCUGACUUCUCACUUAUGGCUCGUUAGUAUCGCGGUACUGCAGCUGACCCAGCUAGCUAGCAUCUGCUUUAGCUAGCAGGUAGCACCAACAGCCGUCAGCCAGCCUUUAGUCGCUCAUUGACGGUAAAGAUGCACCACCAGGACUUCUCUGCAGAACCGCCUGGGACCGGGAGCAGGAAGGCGGGUUUCCACUACAGGAGGGGUAGCAGCGGUGCGCCUGGCUCCCCCGCAGCCGGUAGCAGUGGCUCCAACACAGUCGACGACAAUCCCCCCCAGGCUGGAUCCAAUUCUCCUGGACUCCACCACCAGCCCCAGUCCCAAGCAUCCGGAGCUCAGGUAAAGAAGAAGAGUGGCUUCCAGAUCACAAGUGUCACCUCAGCGCAGAUCAACGUGAGCGGCAACAACAGUUUGGCAGAUGACACAGAGAGCUAUGAUGACAUGGAUGAGUCACACACUGAAGACCUCUCCUCCUCUGAUAUGCUGGAUGUUUCCGUGUCCAGGGCCACGGAUACAGGUGUCCCGGAGAGAAGCUCUUCUGAUGAGACACUCAACAGUCUCCAUGGGGUUGACACACCUGGAAUCGUGUCACCCAACGAGCCUCUUCACCCUCAUUCCGUCCCUCAGGGGUCUCAGCAGCACACCUCGAUGGUAAAUGGUACCAUGCACCAUCAUUUUUACCCUCAGCAGCCCAACCAUCAGCAAUCUGACAGCUUGGAAGGAAAUGAGCCCUCAUUGCCAGGCCUUCCCAUCGCUCCCUUGGCUAGCUCCAGCCCUGCUAUGGCUUCCAGAGUUGGGCCCAACCAGACGCACAGGCCACCCAUGUUGGAUAACAGUAAACCUGCAGGUGGGACGACUCAGCCCGCAGCCCCUAUUGUUGCUGGGACAGCCGCUGAUCCGCAUCUGCAAGGCAGUGUGAGCAUUUCUAAUGUGUCAGCUGGCACUGCUGCUGCAGUACCUGCAUCUGGGCCUGCAGGUUAUGACAACACUAAUGUGAAUGGGCAAGCAGCUUCUGCUGGAGCCCCAUCUGCUGCCCCCAACACUCAAACCCAGCACACCCAAACUCAAACGGCCACCGGCUCUCGUUUUAGGGUGGUCAAACUAGACACUAACUCUGAGCCAUUCCGCAAAGGAAGAUGGAUGUGUACAGAGUAUUAUGAAAAGGAGGUCCAUCCUGUAGCUGCAUCUGAGGCACCGAAAGGUGUAGAGGUGGCUGUAGAGACUGAGGCAGGUAAUGCCGGGAUAAAUCAGGGUGUACCUGCUGUACAGCCGCCCCACACUCUUCAGCCCUAUCAGACCCCGAGCCAGGACUUCACCAGUCCACAAGCGGUGCAGAGCCCGCCCCAGGCCCAAACCACUCCUCUGACCUAUGUUUCACCCCAGGAGGUUGUUGCUGGGCCCCACAUGCAGCAAGCUCCUGUCACUCUCCCUACAGCAACACCACAGGCUGGUGUAAAUCAGCCGCCCUCUGUGAUACCCCAGCAGCUGCCCUACACUGUCGAUCCCCACCAGGCUCCACCCCAGGGAGGUUACCCUGCACCCCAGUUCCAUGCUCCAGGAAGUGUGCGUCAGCCAGACUUUAUCCAGCCCACUGCGCCCUUCCAGACCCAGGUCCAGCCUCCUCCGCCACACGGUGCAGCGGGAAUCUCCAGCAACCCACUUCCACAUCCCCCGAUCAAUAUAUUCCAGCAGCUGUCCCAUCAUGGUCAGGUAGCCCCACCUACCCAGGCACCUUAUGCAGGACAGCCACAAACCCUCCCCACUCACCUGACACAGCCCCCUACUGCUACAAUCCCAGUAGCACCCAGCCACAGGACCCACUACAUGCCUUUGACUGCCCUGCAAGCUGACCUGCAGCCUCUCCUCACCCUGGGAGCCACCCUCAACCAGGGCCCCGGAGGAGGGGGCUCCUUUAGAACAUCGCAGCUGGAGGACGCCCAGAGGAUCCUGCUCCAGCACCAAGGCCUGCUGGGUCUGCCCCGGUUCGGGAUGACAGCAGGUGGAGACGGGGCUGCAGAGGCUGGAGGUGCUGCAGGAUCGCUGGCCCACAUGGGGAUGUCGGCGGAGGCGAGCGCCUUCAUGGUGGCUGCUGCUGCUGCAGGCCUCAGGACCCACCAUGCUGAAGGAGAGGAGGACAGCUCUUCCGGUGCAAGUGUGGUGGCCAUUGACAACAAGAUUGAACAAGCAAUGGACCUGGUGAAGAGCCACCUGAUGUACGCAGUGCGCGAGGAGGUGGAGGUGCUGAAGGAGCAGAUCAAGGAGCUGAUCGAGCGCAACACGCAGCUGGAGCAGGAGAACAACCUGCUGAAGAACCUGGCCAGCCCCGAGCAGAUGGCCCAGUUCCAGGCUCAGGUCCAGACCGGCUCCCCCACCGGCCCCGGGCAGCCCCUGGUGCCCCUCCCGGGCGGGACCCCGCUGCAGCCCCUCCCCCCCACACAGAGCUCCGGCACAUCCGCGUAACAGUGAACCAAUGCAGAGCCCCUAAAGGAUCAGAGAUGAGGGGAGGAAGAGGAGCUGUAGGAGGAGGAAGGAGCCUCGCCAUACUGUGAACCGACUUUAGCAUCGACACCGACUUUGCCACCGUCUCCAGCCGCGCACCGGGGGGGACGAACUUUCUUUUGUUGCACAUUUAAUUUAACCGAAAGAGCCGCACCGGUGACCGCUUUUUAUGACCGGAUUCAGACAAUCGUCUUCAUCGCCGUGAUGGCACAGCUGACAGGAAGUGACCGCCGUUUUUCUAGCGGAGGAAAGGAGCUAACGCAGGGCUCGGCCAAUCAGGAGGGAGCACGAAUCCCUCGCUCGUGAAAAGUGUGCCAUCGUCUUCACCCCCCCUCAACCCAGCACUCUCCAUCAGCACAUCAUUUCUCAGUGCUGCAAUCCAUGCACUUUUUUCAGACGGACUAUAAAGAUUCGUACCAUCUGGAAUGGGAACUUUUCUUUAUCUGAAGAUAUGUCGUCUGGGUUGGGUGGGGGGGUGUCUAAAGAAUUAUGAAAUAAAUAUAUAUAUAUAAGCUGCGCCUCAUUGUUUCACGUGCCCCGUCCCCCGCCCUCAGCGCACUCUCCCCCUUUCUUGGGUGGAGCGUUAACAUUAAGCAGGGAAUCAAACGUUUUUCUAGGGGAAGUUUUUGUCUGUUUUAUGUUUUUGUUGUUCUCAAUGUCCUAGUGAUGUAUUAAAAUAAUUAAAGGAGAGGCAAAUAAGUUUCUAGACGAUGAACUUUGUAAACAUUUCCAAUUAAACUCUGCCAAGUGCCUGGUUUCUAACCAUAGAUACAUAUAUACAAGCUUUUCUUAGUUGUUUUAUUCAACAUGUGUAUAUAUAUAUGUAAAUAUAUAUAUAUCUAUGGUUUGCCAGGUUUUGAACUACCUGUGAUGUCAUUACUCAGGGUGGCAACACGAGGACUUUUACCUCGACACUAAAUGCUGUCUCUGCAGUGACACACAGCCUCGUACUGUAUGUGAACUCUCCUCGCCGACGCUUAUCGCUCUAAUGAUCUGGACUCUUUACCGUUUUGGAGACAAGUGAUAAUGUAUUCUUUUUUUUGACAAUGGUUUAUUUUUUCUUUGGUCUUUUGUACAGCCGAGUGUUUUGAGUUGCUCGUUGUGCAACUGGAGCGCUGAACACAAUGAGAAAAAAGGAAAAUGCCUAGCCGUAUGUGGAUAUUUGUGCAUGUUCCUCAGCCCAUCACAAAUGUGACGUUACAAUUGCACUAGACAGUUGCACCUCAAAUAAAAAGUGAAAACAAAAAAGUAAAAA